AUGGACCCACAGUCAUGCACUCACCUCGAUUUUAGGUUGAAAAGAGGGGAAAUCGGAUUGAAGAUGAUGAAUCUGACGAAGGACACGAAGAACAGCGACGCAGCAGCCACCAACGAUGACUCAGGCUCCGAAACAACGACGAACCAGCCUCGCAUCGAUCGACCAACACCUCAAAUCUCUUCUCCUCUCCAAACUCGCCACAAAACGACAAAACAGAGAAAAGAGGAAGCAGCUGCGCAACUUUUAUUCAAGACCCAAGGGUUUACGCCCUAA